UUCUAAUGGCCAAACAGAGGAUCCCCUGUUUUCUUCUUCUUGUUCUUCUGGUUUUGCUUGAUCUUUUCAGGGCUUUUGUUAAUGCUUCUGUAGAUGGGUAUGUAUCAGCUGUGGGUGAUCCAGGAAUGAGAAGAGAUGGUCUGAGAUUGGCCAUAGAGUCAUGGAAUCAGUGCAAUGAAGUCGGAGAUGAAGUUCCUCAAAUGGGCAGCCCGAGAGCUGCUGAUUGCUUUGAUAUUCAUAAUGCCUCUUCACAGCCAAAAGAGAAGAACAGCUCUCUAUCCAGUUUUCCUCUCUACAGAUUGGUCCACAAGGUCACAGAAGAUGACAACAGGCUAGGUGCUGGAGAUUCCUUCGAAGGGCUACAAGAAAAAGCCCUUCACAAUGUGGAUCUCUAUGCUACGGAGAAAGAACUGUAUUUGGCAUCAAAAUGUGAAGUUAAAGAAACUCCAAAUCCAUGGCAGUUCUGGAUGAUCAUGCUUAAGAAUGGCAAUAUGGACACUAUGGCGGCCAAGUGCCCUAAAAAUGGCUUCAGAGUAGGACCUUUUGCCAAUGAUGGUAGCUUCCCUUGCUUUGGGGAAGGGUGUAUGAACCAGCCAUUGAUUCAUCAUGACUAUACCAAAAUUGAAGAACCUAAUAGGGCUCUUCUUAAGGGAAGGUUUUAUGGGUCUUGGGAUUUGGAAACUAAUUUGAGCUUAGGAUCAUUAGGGCAAAACGAGUCUUACUACUCUGUGACUUGGCAAAAGGAAAUUGGCAAGGGAAGUUGGGUUUUUCACCAUGUUUUGAGGACCUCCGUAAGGUAUCCAUGGCUGAUGCUUUACUUGAGAUCAGAUGCCACAUCUGGUUUUUCUGGUGGAUACCAUUAUCCAACUAGAGGAAUGUCUAAAAUUAUCCCAGAAUCACCAAACUUCAAAGUGAGAUUCACUCUGAACGUCCUAGAAGGAGGAGGGAGUAACGGUCAGUUCUACCUGAUGGACAUAGGAAGCUGCUGGAAGAAUAAUGGACAACCUUGUGAUGGUGAUGUAACAACAGAUGUCACCAGAUACAGUGAGAUGAUCAUUAAUCCAAGCAUAACCUCAUGGUGUCACAAAGACAACCUCAACGCGUGUCCACCAUAUCAUACUUUUCCCAACAGGACACGUGUCCAUCGCACGGACACUUUACACUUCCCUUAUGAUGCCUACCAUUUGUACUGCUCUCCUGGGAAUGCAGAGCACCUUGAAGUACCCUACAGUUUGUGUGACCCUUACAGCAAUCCUCAGCCACAAGAGAUAGUGCAAAUUCUGCCACACCCAGUUUGGGCUGAGUAUGGGUACCCUACAAAGCAAGGACAAGGCUGGAUUGGGGAUCCUAAGACAUGGGAGCUUGAUGUUGGUAGAUUGUCACACUCACUUUACUUUUACCAGGAGCCAGGGACAGGUCCAGCAAGAAGACAAUGGAGUUCUGUUAACAUUGGGACAGAGAUUUUCAAAGAAGCUCAUCAAACUGCCAUUUGGACUGUCUCUGACUUUGACAUCCUCAUUCCCUCUCCUUAAAUUCAUUUGCUUUUUCUUCUUUCAAGACUCUAUUCCUUUACAUCACACAAGUAUGUUCUUCUUUGUUCAUUGUACCCCAAAAAAACAGAUGUUCUUCUUUGUUCAUCUUCCAACACUUCCCCAAAAAACCCAUUCAGUUUAAUUACUGCCAAAUCUCCACAUUGUAUUAUUCAUUUGCAAACUGCAACCUUCUGCACAAAUUCAUUUAUUAUGACUGUAAAUCACCCAUCUCUCGUUGCAAUGGAGACCAUUGGAAUCACAGAAAUACAAUGUGAUA